AACACCGCGAGACAGGAGGAAGAAUAAGCGAGGUGGCGUUUGACGGAGAAUACGUGAUUGUUAAUACUAGUUAUGUGUUCCUAAUCUGUGCGUACAUGUACAAACACAUGUUUUAAUAAUGUAUACACCGUUAAUAUUUGUUUGUGCCCGGUAUCCAUUAGUCUGAGCGCACUUUGACUUUUCUCGUGCUAGCUUAGCUUGCUAGUUAGCUUAGCUUGUUAGCUGCUAACAAAGAGACGCAGACGUUAUCAACACGUCGCUAAGCAGAGAUCAAGUUUAAGUGUAAAGUGUUGUGAUUGUGUGAAAAUGUGCGAAAGAACGAAAUCAGAGUACAAGGAGGAACUUUCUCUAACAAAAGAGGAGAAGGAGCGACAACAUCAACUACUGGACGUUUUUUUUAAGAAACAUCAAGUUGUGUCACACAGAACAGACUUCCAGCAGCCCUCCCAUGUAAAAGAGGAAGAGGAGGAGCCACAGCCCCCCCACAUUAAAGAGGAAGAAGAGGAUCUCUGGAUCACUCCGGAGGAAGAGUGUCUUCUAGGGCAGGAGGACGCUGAUCUCACCAAGUUUCCACUGACUGUUGUCUCCGUGAAGACUGAAGACCAUGAAGAGAAACCACCUGAUGAAGAGAAACCACCUGAGUCCUCACAGCUUCAUCACAGUCCAAACGUCCAGCAGCCCACUCAUAUUAAAGAGGGAGAUCCACAUCCCCCUCAUGUAAAAGAGGAAGAGGAGGAGCCACAGGCUACCCAUGUUAAAGAGGAAGAGGAGAACAUCUGGAUCACUCGGGAGGAAGAGUGUCUUCUAGGGCAGGAGGAGGCUGAUCUCACCAAGUUUCCACUGACUGUUGUCUCUGUGAAGACUGAAGACCAUGAAGAGAAACCACCUGAGUCCUCACAGCUUCAUCACAGUCCAAACAUCCAGCAGCCCACUCAUAUUAAAGAGGGAGAUCCACAUCCCCCUCAUGUAAAAGAGGAAAAGGAGGAGCCACAGGCUACCCAUGUUAAAGAGGAAGAGGAGAAUAUCUGGAUCACUCGGGAGGAAGAGUGUCUUCUAGGGCAGGAGGAGGCUGAUCUCACCAAGUUUCCACUGACUGUUGUCUCUGUGAAGACUGAAGACCAUGAAGAGAAACCACCUGAGUCCUCACAGCUUCAUCACAGUCCAAACGUCCAGCAGCUUCUUGGUUGUCAAGAAAAACCUUACCCUAAGAUGCUGGAGGGGAGCUCCACUUUGAAGCUGGAGGAUCCACAGCCCCACCACAUUAAAGAGGAAGAGGAAGAACUCUGGAUCACUCAGGAGGAAGAAUGUCUUCCAGGACGGGAGGAGGCUGAUCUCACCAAGCUUCCACCGACUGUUGUCUCUGUGAAAACUGAAGACCAUGACGACAAACCACCUGAGUCCUCACAGCUUCAUCACAGUCCAAGUGAGAAGAACAGAUCCAUGGAACCUCAACACACAACAGAAGGUGAUGGAGACCACUGUGGAGGAUCACAAGCAGACAACCUCAUUGCUCCACUGUCAGAUAGUGACGACACAACGUCACACGUUAAUGUAAAUAUGGGAACGCGCACAGGAGAAAGAACUUUCAGUUGUUCAGUGUGCGCUAAAAAGUUCUCCCAAAGGGUAAGGAUGCUGUCACAUAUGAGAACACACACAGGAGAAAGACCAUUUAGUUGUUCUGUUUGCGGCAAACGUUUCUUUGACAAACGUACCAUGCAAAUGCACAUGAAAAGACACACAGGGGAAACUCCUUUCAGUUGUUCCGUUUGCGCUAAGGGCUUUGUCAGAAACUCUGAUUUGGCUCGACACGUGCGGACACACACAGGAGAAAAACCUUUCAGUUGUUUACACUGUGGCAAAAAAUUCUCAAAAAGGGAAACGAUGCUGUCUCACACUCUGACACACACAGGAGACAAACCUUUCAGUUGUUCGGUUUGCAGAAAAGGCUUCUUUAGAAACGCUAGUUUAAAUCGACACAUGAAAAUACACACAGGAGAAAAGACUUUCAGUUGUUCAGUUUGUGCAAAAGAGUUUUUUAGGAACUCUUGCUUGACUCGACACAUGAUAAUGCAUGCAGAAGAAAAGCCUUUCAGUUGUUCGGCGUGUGGUAAAGAAUACGCUAACAAAUAUAAUAUGCAAACACACAUGAGAACACACACAGGAGAAAAAACCUUCGGUUGUUCAGUUUGUGCAAAAUACUUUUUAAAAAAACGUGAUUUGUUGCGGCACAUGCGGACACACACUGGAGAAUAACUUUUCCUUUUUAAAUGGACUCCUGCAGAAACACUAACGGUCUAAUGUAGGGCUUCUCUAAAGUCCGGACUCUGGACCGGUGGACCCAGUUAGCAUCCAGGCAGCCACCCCUUAUUUUAGGUACUGGUUACAAAAGUAACUGGUUCGUAAUGUUUCGGUUGAGGAUAUAAUAUUUGGCAUUUCAUUUUUUAAUAAAUAUUUCCCAAGUGCUGUUCAAGAGAGCAAUGCAUUAACACAGCUUCUCCAAGCGUCCUACUUUCAUUUUGGAUGCUUCCAAUAUUUUCAUUUGCACACAGGAACAAAGUUAUUUCAUGAUAACCAAAAAUGACCAGAGUCAAAAUUAUUAGCCCCCAUGAAGCUAAUAGGCAAUUAUGUGUCAUUUUUACUGUAACAGCCUGCCAUCUACUGUUACAGUUUUCCCCAAGUCUUACACACACCACCUGAGCAAUCUCAGCCUAUUCUUCUUUGGCAAACCUUUUAAAGUCUGCAAGACUUGACUGUCUCCUGCCAUGGACCUUGGUUUUCAAUUCUCCUCAAAGAUUCUCAAUGGGCUUUGUGCUUCAUUAACAUUCACUUUGGCCUUCUGGAGGUAGUUCUUCACCGGGAGUGACGUAUGUUUUCUGGUUGUUCUCAUGUAGAAAGACAAAGCGACGACCCAUAUCCAUACCCAUUUUUAGGAUUCCUUCCACCUUGACAAGAUUCCAAGUUCCAAAUGCACUGAAAUAUCCUUACAUGUUUCACUGCGGGGACCGUGUUCUUUGGGUUGUAUGCCUUUCCCUUCUUUCUCAAAGAUAAGUAGUGUCUCCAUGGCGAAAGAGCUCGAGCUUUGUUUCAUCUAACCAAAGGACACGCUUCCAGUGUGCAUAUUCUCUUUCUACGGUGUUGGUUCGGGACCCUUUGGGACUGUGUGACAAGGGGUGGCACUUUCGUGACUUUUGCGGUGCUUUUUUUGUGGACUUCUGUAUCUGUCUCCCGGGAGCCUGUUGGCCAUGGAGACCAGCUGCUGGGUCUCUGCCACACCAGAGUCCGUUUGGAGAGACUGGAGGAGAUGCGGAUGAAGACACAGGGCUGCGGAGCUAGCACUGAGCGCCGGGACGGACAGGCUUCACAGUGUGUUGGCUGAAUGAGCAGGUAUCGGACACCUCAGUCUCCUUAGACGCAUCCUCGCUCAUUCAUGUUGACUGGACACUGGCUGAGUUAGUGGGCGGCCGAGAGUGGAGUCUGCUCUCUUGGUUGGUUUGUUGGGUCUGCUCCUGUCUCUGGCCAUGCUCCCUCCACCCCAGCAAACGAUAGCGUGGAACACCGCAGAGGCCACCACAGUGUAUAUGUUUCUUGUACUUUUUAUUCAUAGCUGUAUGUAGAAGUGGCUGGUUGGAUUAGCUCUGCUCUUUUAAUGUAUUUAAUGUCCCUUGUGUUCUUUGAUGUUUGAUGUUUCCCUCUUACACACAUGUAAGAGGGAUGUGUGCUAUGGCUAUGAGUUGUCUUUUUCCCUUGGCCUCAGUCUGGACCCCCUCCCCAGGGGCCUGGGCUUAGACCAAUUUUAUUAUUUUUUCUCCUAGU